UAAUAUAUAUAUUUAUAGCUGUGAAAAUGUAUUUAUUCAUCGGUUGAAGUCAUUAGGUUGGAAGAAAAAUGUUUAGAUGCAAUUUUUCUCAUGGAAUCAACAGGUUCAAGGUUUCUUUUUCAAAAGAGAAACGAGAAAAUUGAUUGGAGGCGGUUAGCUGGUCUUGAUAUAAAUAGAAUUGCAAAUGAAGUUGAUGUUGAUGCAAUUCAAGAAAACAUUGCAACUGUUACCUACUGCAAUAUUGAAUAUGAAUUAGGUCAUGAUAGUUUGGAUCCAAACUUUAUAAAGUUAUUUCGCCUUGCACAGCUAAUGAUUGAAUACCUUUUGCACUGUCAGCAGUAUUUACAAGCAAGUUUGGAGGAAAAGCAGAACACAAUCAAUCUUGUUACUGAACAUAUUCAAGCUGUUCAACAGCAAGAAGCAGCAACUAAAAAUGAAUUAAAUCUUCGAAAUGAAAUGUACAAGAAACUGAAAAAAGAAUUUAACAAAGCAAAGGUGCAAAUUGCAGACUACCAAUUAAUGAUCAGAGCUGGAGCUAGUGGACAGUACAAAUGCGUUUACUGCAAUAAAAGUUUUGUUUCUGAAUUUUACUUGUCAAGUCACCUUCAGAGAAGGCAUCCUAAUGAAAGUCAAAAAAUGUUUCCCUUAUCACCAACGUCGUUGUACAAUUCUCAGGUUCAGAAUGAGAUAAAUGUUGUAAGAGAAAGGUUACUUGCUACAGAAGCUGAGCUUAUAGCAGAAAAACAGAAAAUAAAAAUCAUUCAGAAUGAGGAUUCCUUAAAGAAUGAAAAGUUGAUGCAAGAUAUACAAAAAGAACAUGCUCUUUGGAAAAAUCAGGAGCAGGAGAAAAUGAAGACAGAGAUAGAAAAUUUUAAAAAUAUCAUGCUUGAAGAGAUGAGACUAAUGCAAAAAGAAAAAGAACUAUUGCAACAAAAUAUUUAUGAAUUAGAAAAGUCGUCAGGAAAAAAAAAAUCAAAUCUAGGUAGUUUGAUGGAUGAAGAUGAUUUAGAUUACAAAAGUCUCUCCAACAAGAUAGAAGCUCUUGAAAAAGAUUUUCAGCUUCGUUUAAAUGAAAAUGCAAAAAAUGAGGUUUUGCAAAAGAAAAAAUAUGAAAAAGCUCUGAAGGCUGAGCGUGCCAAGUUAGAGUUAUCAGAAAAAGCACGGGCAGAGGAAAGUAAACUUUACAAAGAUCAAAUUGAUGGUUUGUAUGAGAAACUCAACAAACAUGAAGAGCUAUUGAAAAAGUCUCAGCUUCAUUCAGAGAAUACAUUGAUAACUUUAAACAACCCUUCAACACCAGCAGCGGAUAACAUUUCUAUAGAAAAUGAAGUUUGUCUUUGGGUUUCUUGCAAUUUAAAAGUGAAUGGAAUUCACAGAGUGAGCUUAAAGCCAGCAUACAAAACAACUGAUUGGAAAGACAUUUUUUCCUUCUAUGCUCCUUUAACACCAAAGGGAGAAUUUAAUAAACCAGUAUAUGUUUAUUCUUGUGGAGGAUCUCCGUUUUGGCGGCAGUACAUUUCUUUUAGUGAUAGCCCUCCUAACUCAAGUUAUAAAAAUGAUUUGAUAUUUUAUGUUGCUAAUAACAAACUUGCAGGCACAAUAAAAUUAUACAUUCAUUAUGCAGGCAGUGCUAGUGUGGUGCAUUCAAUGAUUUCUGAAAAAAAAAAUGUUAAAAAUUGGACGAAUAAAGAUGUCAGCUUUUAUACCAUUAAAACUGUUGUUUCUAAAAACUCCUUGAGUAACUCAGGGUUCACAGUAACUAACUUAAGUGACUCCGAUGAAGUUUCAGUUUCUAGUAUUGAUGGUAACAAUGAAGUCAAAGGAAUGUUAGCGGUUGAUCUUCAGAAAAGUAGAGAAAAUCUACUUCAGGAUGAUUCUGAGAGCAAUAAACAAUCAUAUGAUUCUGAAUCAGAAGAUCUGAGUCAACAACAGGAAGAAAAAGACGAAUCAGUGCAAAGCAAUGCUGAAUAUAAUAAUGAUUUAACAUCAUCUGGUUCUAUUUUUAAUACUACUCUUCCAGAAAAAGGAACUUAUCAACCAUAUUCUCAUAACCCAUUAGCGAUUGCUCGUUACAAACCAAACCAACAAGUAUUGGAUGCUCAGAGAAAUGAGAUUAUAGAUAUAUUAGAAGAAAAUCUUGCUAAAUAUGGCAUAGCUGAAAAUGAAACUCAAAUGUCAACAUCUGUUUUUAAUUCUAAAAUGAGUAAUCAUGCAAAAGAAGCUGAGUUAAAGGAAAGAACAUUCCCUGGUAUUUUAAAGUUGCGCCAAGAGAUCCAAACACAACUUGAUGAGUUUGUUACAAAACAAUGGAUGAAACGUAAAAAAGAAAAUGCUUUCAAGUCGCUAAAGAAAAAAGCAAAUGUCAUUAAAGCUUUUAUUAAACCUGGAAAAAGUACAACAGAAACUAGAGAUAUUGUGACUCGGGCUUUGCCUUCCAUUUCUGUUGAACACAGCAACUAUAGAGAUGAUGUUCAAAACAAAAAAAAAGUUCGCAUAAAUAAUGAAUCAAUCAACUCUCCUGAUGAUUCAGAAGAAAAUAAAUUUUCUAUGAAGAAUCAUGAAAGUAGGCUAACACAUGAUUUCAGCAAAGAAAAUAAAGCAAAUAAUGAACUUUCAAAUGAAAUAAAAAAUGAUGUUUUAUCAUAUUAUGAAAGCAGCUCCAGUGAUGAUUUUGAUGUUAGCCAGUCUUCUGACUGGGAAUCAGAUAGUAUACAGAAAUCAGACGCUAAAAGAACAGAAAAAAAUGAAAUCAGUGAACAGUUAUAUCCUGUUAGCAGUAAUGAUCAAACAGAGAUACCAUACAAUCCUAAAAUGCGUCCUCCGAAAGGUGAUAAGGUACGCGAACUAGCUGCAAGUCUAGAAGCUAGCUUGACACUUCGUGAUCCUAACAUAAAAAUAGCAGGUGCAGUAGACACCAUAAACGUACCAAAAUCCAACCUAAAGAGGUCUGUGGCAUUUAAAGAGGAGGAUGACGAAGAUAGUGAUUUUUCUCUUGAUGAAUCUCCUGAACCAAGAAACGGUGUUGGCGGCCAACAAUACUUUGAAGAUUACGACAAAGAGUUGGACGAUAUUUUAUCUGGUUUAAAACCGAAACCAUCUUCUUCGUCUACUCCAGAUAAAAAGUCAAGUAAGAACCAUACCGAGGCAACCAUGGUGACAGAUUUCUUUGACGAUAGCUUGUAACGUGCCGCUGACAAUAGGAGUUAAUUAAAUUAAUGUUUUUUGUGAGCCAUUUAAAUUUAAAAAAUGAUAUAAUUUUA